AUGACGUCUACCUGGCGUCCCUUCCUAUCCCCUCAAAGAAGGGCAGCAGUCAUCUCCCAAGCUCAAGAGGUGUUAUCAGUUUACAUCCGACAUAGACCAACGGUCCAACGUGUUCUCACCGCCGGGUUCGUGCUUUAUUGUUUGGGCACAACAUGGCAUGGGUUAUCAGGGAAGGGAGGGCAAAGAGAGAGUUCCAGAGUACCUAAAAGGGGAAGAGGGAAGGACGGGAAGAAAGUCACCGUCAACGAUCCUUUAUUCCAACAACGUCUACGAAAACUAAUGAGGAUUGUCAUACCCAGUUUGAAAUCUAGAGAGGCUGUAAUGUUGGCUCUUCAUUCCGCUUUUUUGGUAGGUAGGACGGGAAUAAGUUUGUAUGUUGCUGAAUUGGAUGGAAGAAUCGUCUCCUCUCUCGUCACUGCUCGACCACAACUCUUCCUGAUGAACCUCGUCAAAUGGCUCUUGGUCGCCAUUCCCGCUACAUAUACCAACUCUAUGCUCGAGUACCUACAAUCAGAACUUGGGCUUGCGUAUCGCACAAGACUCACGAAACACGCUUUGCAGACUUACCUCGACCCGUUUCCCAAUACCGAAGGUGCUGAAGGGGAACAGCUGUUUUACAAACUUGCCAAUCUCGAUGAUCGAGUCAAGAACGCCGAUCAAUAUCUCACCGUGGACAUUCAGCAAUUUAGCAACAAGCUUGCUGAGAUUUACUCCAAUAUUGCCAAACCUGUGUUGGACGUCAUCCUGUACAAUUAUCAAUUGUCAAAAAAUGUCGGUGCAGAGGGUCUAGUACUUUUGACUGUUCUUGUACAGAUCAGUGCCGGUCUAUUGAGAGCUGUCACCCCUCCCUUUGGGGCAUACGCAGCACACGAAGCGACGUUAGAGGGUGAACUUCGUUUCACACAUUCUCGUUUGCUAGAAUCGGCAGAGGAAGUGGCUCUUUACCACGGCGAGGAAUUCGAGAAGAACGUCAUAGAGCGAGGCUAUUUUGCUUUGGUCAAGCACGUCAACAGAGUACUUCGGAUACGCGUGUGGCAUGGUAUGGCAGAGGAGGGAGUGAUCAAAUGGGCCUGGGGAAGUUUUGGCUUGAUCAUUUGUGCCAUACCCGUUUUUGCGGGAGGACUUUUGGGGAUGGCUCCUGGUGAUCUGGGUAGUAGGACUGAAGGCUUUGUGACUAACAGAAGAUUACUUUUGUCCGCCAGUGAUGCUUUCGGUAGGGUCAUGUACAGCUACAAGGAACUGGCAGAACUGGCAGGAUACACUCAGAGAGUUUCGGAUCUCUUAGACACCAUGGACGACGUGAAGAAUGGCAAAUAUCAAAAGAAGCUCGUCUCAAGUGCUAGUGUUGAAGAUAACGAGAAGAUGUUACAAGGUCGAGGAAAGAUAAUAGAAUCUGAGUCCAUUCGAUUCGACCAAGUACCCCUGAUCAGUCCUAAUGGAGAUGUCCUGAUAAGAUCUAUGAGCUUUCACGUUGAGCCAGGCAAACAUCUUCUUGUGGUCGGUCCUAAUGGAUGUGGAAAAAGUAGUCUUUUUCGUAUACUCGGUGGCCUAUGGCCAGUGUACGGCGGAACAGUAUACAAACCUCCUUCCAAAGAAUUCACAUAUAUCCCACAACGACCCUAUCUAUGUAGCGGAACCCUCCGAGAUCAGAUCAUUUACCCUCAUGAACAUUCUCACAUGCUCGAUCGAGGUGUGACCGACUCGGAUCUACUCAGAAUUCUUGAAGUCGUGGAAAUGGGUCAUAUUGUUGAAAGAGAAGGUGGUUGGGAUAGUCAACGUGAAUGGCGUGACGCAUUGAGUGGAGGAGAUAAACAACGUAUAGCCAUGGCUAGGUUGUUUUAUCAUCGACCUAAAUAUGCGAUUUUAGAUGAAUGUACCAGUGCCGUCACUCUUGAAAUUGAGAAAACAAUGUAUGAUCAUGCUACCAAUCUAGGAAUCACGUUGAUGACUGUGAGUCAUAGACCUAGUUUAUGGAAAUAUCAUUCCAUGGUCUUGCAAUAUGACGGGAUGGGAGGUUAUGUCUUUACCGAGCUUGAUGCUGAGAAGAGACUAGCUUUACAGGAAGAAAAACAAGAUUUGGAACAUAAACUUUUGGAAGUACCAAAACUCCGAGCUAGAUUGGAAGAAUUACAAGAGCUCAAAGCGGAGAGAAAUCGGGUCGCAGCUGCUUCUUGA